AAAGCUGCUUCAUGGUUGAACCCAUAAAAAAGACAAGUGUUAUUUAUUGAAGACACAGCUUUAGGAAGAAGAAGAAGCAAAGAAUCAUUUUAGACCUCAUUAAAAUUCAUUGAUUCUACUACCGAAGACACCAACCCAACUCUUGAAUCCCUCGCCUUGACACAAAUAUAACGCACCUUCUUCUCAUUGCUGUCUCUCUUCUCAGCGAAGCUUUUAAUUUUUAGAGUGUUCUCUUGUUAUUAGCCCCUGGCCAAUUGGAACGGCGGUUGCGGCCAUGUCCGACGCCGACGUCCAGAGGGGCGCCGCCUCCGCCGGUGGGAAGACCAUGGGAUGUGCCGCCUACUCGUACCGAAUCCCGGGUAAUUACCCAUCGCCGUUCUACUAUGACCCCGGAGCCUUGGCGGGGCGGGAGUGGACGUCGUGGAUCGUGCCCCUGAUCGUGGUCGCGAACGUCGCCGUGUUCGUGGGCAUUAUGUGCGUCAACGACUGUUCUGGCCACCGGAACCCCUACGGCUCCUGCGUCGCCGGGUUCCUCCGCCGCUUCUCCUUCCAGCCCCUCCGCGAGAACCCCCUCUUGGGGCCCUCGUCUUCGACACUGCAGAAGUUGGGUGCUCUAGAAUGGGAUAAGGUGGUACACCAGCAUCAGGGAUGGAGGCUUGUGACUUGUAUGUGGUUGCAUGCUGGUCUUAUACAUCUGCUUGCCAAUAUGCUAAGCUUGGUUUUUAUUGGUAUUCACCUUGAACAACAAUUUGGAUUCAGUAAGCAAUAUGUUAGAUUGAUUGCACAUCUGCUUGCCAAUCUACCUACUCUCUAGAUUUGGUGGUAGUAUUUUGUCAUCUCUUUUCAU